AUGGAUAGAAAGAACUCAAUCGAGAGACUGAUUCUUUCGAGAUGUUCAAAAUAUCAUGAUGAUGGCGAGGUGCUAAAGCUACUUGAGGAUAGAUACUCUGUGGAUAGCUUACAAAAGAGUUAUAUGGUUCUCCAAUCCACAGAUGGUGGUUUCACGAAAGCAGAACUUUUGAAAUCCUCAAGUUCAAGAAAAAGGAGCAAGAAGAAGAAGGAAAGCAUAUUUAAAUCUUUGAUUAGACCAGUUGAGCAAAAGUCAGGUAUUAAUCGUCACAGUAAGUUUUAUGGUAAGAGAACGAAGAAUACAUUCAAGCAAUUUAUAAAACAGAAUUUAAAGUUACAGAAAGAUACAGUGAAGAGUUUGAAGAAGUUGUUGAAAAAAGACCCUAAAUGCUUGGAUAAACUUAAGGACUUGGCUGAACUUCCACUCUGCUCGAAAAUUCUUAAGUUUGAAGAUUUUCAGGAGAUUAACAGACUAUGGAACAACUAUGCGAAGGAACUUAUAGGGACAACAGAUAGUAUAACCGUGAUGACUAGUAAGCUUUCAACAUGUGAAUUUAUAGGCGCAUUUGUUGAAGUUACCCAUAGUGGAUGUAUCAAUAACAUAGGCCAGAAGGGCAUAAUUAUCUGGGAGUCUCAACACAAUAUUAUAAUUGUGGUACCAAGGGCUGGAGGUUGGAGGAGCGAUAUUUCUGUUACGAAUCCGAAGUACUCGUAUUCUGAGUUAAUAGGAGGGCUUAGAAUAAUCAAUAAGGAAGGCACUAGAUUUAAAUUUCGUGUCAAUGUUGACAGUAAAAGCCCAACUUCUACAGAAGAACCAUGUUACAUUGAAUUUGAAAUUAUUGGUGACCGGCUGAUGGUUCGGAGCAUUGAUCGGGCCAACAAGAAGUUUAAGAAUCAUGCUGUUAGAGAUAUUGAACUCUGA